UGUGCGGUGCACGUUCGCCAGGUCUUCUGGGAAUUGUAGUCCAAGGUUCUGGCCGUCCGAAGGCGUUAGUUGCCGUCUGAGGUCCCAGGGAGAAUGGAUUCCGGGGCGGACGCGGAGCCGCUCGCGGGCCUUGUCUGGUCGUCAGCCUUGUCGCCGCCGCCGCCGGGUUUCAUCGCGAUCACCUCUACCGUGGAGGGCGCGACCGCCAGCUUCGGCCGCGGCUUCGCGCAAAAGGCCGGCUACUUCCUGUGCCUGAGCCCACUGGGCAGCCAGAAGAACCCUCAGGACAGUGUGGUAGUGGACAUGCAGAUCGUGAUGGACAAGGGCCCUCUGCCGUCUGGCUUUUCUACCGUCAACGACUCUCUAGACGCCAAGGCCUCUGUGUCCAAGAAGAAACGCAUGUGUGUGAAGCUGAUGCCCCUGGGGGCUGCCGACAUGGUUGUGUGUGACGUGAAGCUGAGUGGGAAGACCAAGACAGUGCCCGGAUACCUGCGAGUGGGGGACAUGGGUGGUUUUGCCAUCUGGUGCAAGAAAUCCAAGGCCCCAAGGCCAGUGCCCAAGCCGCGCACUAUCAGCCAGGAUAUGCAGGGCCUGUCGCUGGACCCACCCAGACAACCGAGCAAAAGCAGCCACCCUGAGCGGACGCUGUCCAGACUAGGCUCCCGAGCAUCCACGCUGCGGAGGAGUGACUCAGUCUACGAGGCGUCCAGUCUCUACGGCAUCUCAGCCAUGGAUGGGGUUCCCUUUACACUGCACCCCCGAUUCGAGGGCAAGAGCUGCGGGCCUCUGAACUUGUCAGCCUUUGGGGACCUGACCAUUAAAUCCCUGGCAGACAUUGAGAAGGAGUAUAACUAUGGCUUCGUGGUGGAGAAGACAGCAGCUGCGCGCCUGCCCCCCAGCGUCUCAUAGUCCCUGACUCGGGUGCUCCCUGCCUGCCACCUGCUGGCUGACACCCAGCCUUGCAGUGCAGCCCGGCAGCUUGGAGAUAGGGUCUCCUGCCUGGACAGCAUUUUCUCUUCACUUGUCAAGUCUUGUGUUUGGAGACUGCACAUGCGCCAACACUAAACAGCUCCUGGUACCCAC